UGGGUUUAUUUUAACAUGAAUUCAUGCUGUCAUAAUACUGCAUGUUCAUACUGACGCUGUGGGGACGUGAUCACGAGAACAUCUGCACGUCAGCUCUGAAUGCCAGCGCUGAUGCACAGCUGUGGAUGCCUGAACACAUCUGGAUUCAUGGUGAGACACAAACACAGACCCGGUGUGGGCCGAAGAGAGCUUUCACUGGGACGCUGAAGCCUGAGGGAAGUAACCAGCCUGCAGCUUGAUCAUAUAACCACUGUAAUUUAUAUAAAACCAGUUUCUUAAAAGUCCUGAACAGAAGCUGAACGUUGACUUCAGCUGCGAUUCGUCCACCGAUCAUCCAGUUUUUCUUUUAUCAUAUUCCAGAAACGGUCAAAAUGUGGGAGUGUCCCUGCAGGUGGACAGGUAAUAAAACUGCUGAGCAGCCACUUAAAGUGGGGCAACCGGUCACUCCACCUGGACCUGCAGGGCCACGGGACAGCUGGGCUUCUCUUUAAAACAGCUGCAAACGUCUGCAGAAGUGCAGCUGCCUGUGAUUGUUUUUCUGUAUUUCAGCCUGGAGACCCAAGGGCCUGCCUUCACCUUCCAUUCAGUCUUACAUUAAAAAUAAAACAGCUGUUUUCAUCUGAAUAUUAGUGCUAACACGUUCCUCACUUUGAGAGAAAAUCACAUCAACGUUAUUUAUUACAACAGCGGGGAAAUUCCUGUUCCACCAGCCAAAGACAAAAUGAACAAAUAAAAGAAGUUCAGUAAGCAGAAGUAUAACUAAAUAAAAUGGAAGUGACAAUUUUAUAAACAAGGUAAACAAAAAUUUUAAAAAGUAAAUAAAAUGAAAAUACCUCAAUGAAUGAAGUAAAUCAAAAUAAAAGAAUAAAACUAGUUUAAUAAGUGUGAAGAAAGCAGAAAAUGGCAUUUGGCGUCACAGGAGCUCAGGAUAACUGCACUACAAUGGCUGAACAAUAAAAUAAUAAAAUCCAGCUGUGCACAUUUAAAGUCGACCGGAAUCGUGGGGAUGUCCUCCGUGUCGUGGCUGUGUUACUGUCAGCACUCAAUCGUGCAGUAAGUCCGCCGGAGACGGGAAUUUAGAGUCUUUUGAAUGGAGUCUGGCGGGCCGCGCGGUGUGGCCCGUUCACGGACGGACGUCAUGUGUUUUGAGGUUACAUCCAGCUGUUGCACUUGCGCGCAUCGUUACCUUUAAGAUGCUCGGGGAUAAAGGCUCAUUUUAGCCGAACCCGACACCAUUUUACCGGAGAGUUUGGCGCGAACGCGGCUCGGAUCACCGCCUGCCACCUCUUCCCCGACGAGCAGCGCCAGUUUUCGGGUUCCUUUAAGCGAAGUGGCGGAGUUAACGGCCGAGCUGAUCCCAUAAAUGUCGGAUUUGAUUAUCUGUCGGCCUACCGAGAAGUGGCGGGGGCGAGAGGGACGGCGCGGCACGAGACGAGCCGAGACGGGGUCCGCGAGGAGGGUGCACACGCCAAAUACUUUCCCUUUAAAGCAGAGAGGGACAGAGGGGGUGAAGAAGAGAUAAAAAAAGAAAAGGAAGAAAGAGCGAAGGGAGGGAGGGCGAGAGAGAGCGCGAGGGAGCGGGUUUGAAAAAAACAGAAAGAUGUCAUCCUGUCGAUUCAGACACCGAGGCGGAGCCAUGGACCGCGGCCGACCGGGAGCGCUCUAGCCGUGGGACGAGCCCUACGCAACUCCGAGGCUCGGAAGCCGACGCUGCGGCCUUGUCGGAGCUAUAAACGAACAGCUGCUGCUAUGAUUAGCACGUCUCGACUGCUCGGCUUCGCCAUUAAAAUACUUUGCAUGCAGAUUUUUAUUCCAGUCGACAUAAGCAAAUUAAAUUAAACCGCACCAUUAAAGCAAGUACGCAUGAGACCAACCAUUCUGUCGCAUUUACAGAAGCAUCUGCUCAGUGACUGUUUAGCUGCCAUAUUAACUCCUGCCUCUCGGAGGCUUCUUCUCUAAGAAGUGUCAGGGCUUUGGGACUCAUUUCCUCCGCCGAUUUCCCCUGUCGGUGGAGGAGAGCUGCCAUACAGGCCUCGCGUUUUGUUUUCACAGCAGCUCCCGGAGCUUUUCUACCUCCCCCUCCUCCUUCUCCUCCUCCUCCUCUUCGGUCCCCAGCUGGGUCUCCUUCAGGAUGGACACCUCCUGGAGUAAUUUCCUCUUUCAGACGCCUCCGACUCAGAGUCAGCCCGAGACGCCUCUACAGUCGGAGCUGCUGCCGGAGCUGACCGGCUCGGCUCAGAGUCCUCCGGGCGAGCACAUCGUGACACCGCCGUCCACCGUCGACACGGCCGCCCUGAGCGAGGAGCCGCUGCCAGUCAAACCGCUCACCAAGCCGACCCGGCCCGCCCACAUCUGCGCCACCUGCAACAAGGAGUUCAAGAACAGCUACAACCUGCGGCGGCACCAGUCGGUGCACACGGGCAUCAAGAUGAAGGACCGGGCGGCCCGGGAGAAGGAGGACGGAGCGAAGGCCGGCCGGGUGGAGAAGCAGACGGUCCCGCUCUCCCUCCUCCACCUCACCCUGCCCCCGCAGCAGCCUCCUCCCCCUCCCGCGGCUCCCGGCCAAGAGACCCUCCCCCAGCCCGGCCAGCACGUCAACCAGGAGGGCCAGCCGGUGUCUGUGUCCAUCGCCCCGGCAACAGUAACCAUGGCUGCGCCACCUCAGCCCAUCCAGGCAGCCGUUGUUGUCGUUGGGUCCAUGGAGCAGAAUCCCAAUCCUAAUCCCAUUCCCAGCACCAAUCAGGUGAGGAAGAACCACGCCUGCGAGGCCUGUGGAAAGGCCUUCAGGGACGUCUACCACCUCAACCGCCACCGGCUGUCCCACUCGGACGAGAAGCCGUACUCCUGCCCCAUCUGCCAGCAGCGCUUCAAGAGGAAAGACAGGAUGAGCUACCAUGUGCGCUCGCACCAGGGCGGCGUGGAGAAGCCGUACAUCUGCCCGCACUGCGCCAAGGCCUUUUCUCGACCGGACCACCUCAACAGUCACGUGCGACAGGUGCACUCCACAGAGAGGCCGUUCAAGUGCACGACGUGCACGUCAGCGUUUGCCACACGGGAUCGCCUCCGUGCUCACCUGAUUCGCCACGAGGAGAAGGUGCCGUGUCACAUCUGCGGGAAGCUGUUGUCGGCCGCUUACAUCACCGACCACAUGCGGGUCCACAACCAAUCACAGCACCACGCCUGCCACCUCUGCAACCGCAGCUUCACCACCCUCACCUACCUGCGCGUCCACGCCCAGAAGCACCACGGCCAGGAGUGGAAGGAGAGCGGCGGGGCGCGGGGGGCUUUCGGCGGGACCGGGGCCGGCGGCGUGCUGCUCUGCCAGCUGUGCGGGGUACAGUGCAAGACGGCCACGCAGCUCCAGGGUCACAUGGGCACCCACGCCAACCAGGGCGACCCCACCCCCGACCAGACGAGCACGGGGCCCGUGGGCACCACCAGCGUGGCGGUCACGGUGUCCAGCGCUAGCACAGUGGGACUGCUGGUCACUGACUGCUCCGGUAUUGCCCCCCAGCCCCACAGCUAGCACGCUGGGGAGGCGAGUGGGGGCAGGGGAGAGCUGGGGUGGGACUGCAGGGAAGGGGAUCAGGGACGGAGGUGGGGUGGAGUCGAGGGGGGAGUCGGAGGAGUCGAGGCAAAAGGAAGCAAGGACACGUAGGAGGAGCCACCGGAGCAGGUUGUUUCCUGCCACAUCUGGAUGGAGAGUGCCACGACUUCUCCAUGGCUCUGUGAGGACGGCGACCUCUGUUUGUUCCCGCGACGCCCACCUCUGUCAGCUGACCGGCCUCCAGCACUGGGAGGUGCUCUCUGCGUUCACACUACCGACUCUGGAGUCCUGCACAGAGGACAGAUGACCCAUCAGUUAUUAACUAAUGUGUAUUUUUAUUCUCCUGGCUUGGCGCUUAGCUGUUAUCAUCACUUCAAUGUUUUCAUUUUCAGCCGCUCUAGAUUUUUGUAAAGCCGCCGUCGCCGUUUUUACACCAUUUCUGAUCCAUGAUAUCCGUGUUUAACACCAGGAAACUGGCCCAGAGACCUCAGUAACACGAUUUAUCUCAUUUUCUCUUCUAAUUUAUUGCCAAGCGGUGUCCGGUUUGCCUUUGAGCGGGGAGCGGGUGUUUCUGACGGCCCACGCUGUACAUACACACUUUUAUAAAGCAGAUAACGGCAGACCGAUAGUUGUUUGUGGAUAUUCCCCCUGAACACUGAAUGUGCAUAACUUCUCUGCUUCGUAUGAUCUUCGUUCUUACUCUGGAUGCUGAUUUGUAACUCUUGAACUUGCCAUGUAAUUUGUAGCUACCUUGGUGACACAUUUUCUGUGGCUGUGCAUAUUGAUUGUACUUGAUGCAUAGUGCAUAGCGCCUCGUUACUGUUACUGUAUUAAAAGGCAGUAAAACGCA